UCAAUCAUUCGAAUACAAACACUGUUUAGCUAUGAGCAACUGUUACUUUAGGACUUGUUUUCUUCUCUCCCUCUUGGUGUCCCUCUCUUAUCAAAGCAAAAAAAGUCAAGGUAAGGAAGUCGAAGAAUGUAUUGGCAAAUGUUCUAGAUCUCCCACUCCUUCCCCUUCUCUGAGAUUUGGUGGCACAACUCCCAAUGCCUCCCCAUCGCUGAAACUAAGAGGCACAACUCCCAAUGCCUCCCCAUCGCUGAAACUAAGAGGCACAACUCCCAACGCCUCCCCUUCACUAAGACUUAGAGGAACAACUCCCAACGCCUCCCCAUUGAUGAGACGUGGAGGCACAACUCCCAACGUUUCUCCUUUGCUAAAAUUUGGUGGAACAACUCCCAAUGCUUCUCCUUCGCUAAGACUAGGAGCCACAACUCCCAACGCCUCCCCAUCGCUGAGACUAAGAGGCACAACUCCCUAUGCUUCCCCUUUGCUUAGACUUGGAGGCACAACUCCCAAUACAUCCCCUUUGAUUAGACUUGGAGGCAUAACUCCAAACACAUCUCCAUCGCUAAGACUUGGUGGAACAACUCCCAACGUCUCUCCUUCGUUGAGACUUACUGGAACAACUCCUAAUGCCUCCCCUACGUUGAGAUUAGGUGGAACAACUCCCAACCCGUCCCCUUCUUUGAGAAUAGUAGACAUAACUCCCAACGCUUCCCCUUCGCUGAGACUUGGAGGCACAACUCCCAACGUUUCCCCUUUGAUGAAACAUAGAGGCACACCUCCGAGUGUUUCCCCUUUGCGGAGAAUUGGUGGCAUAACUCCCGACGCUUCCCUUUUGUUGAGAAUUGGAGGCACAACUCCCAACACGUCUCCUUCACUGAGAUUGGGAGGCACCACUCCCAAUGCUUCGCCUUUGCUGAGACUUGGAGGCACAACUCCCAAUGCUUCCCCUUUGCUUAGACUUGGAGGCACAACUCCCAACAUAUCCCCUUCGCUGAGACUUGGAGGCAUAACUUCAAACACAUCUCCAUCGCUGAGACUUGGUGGAACAACUCCCAACGUCUCUCCUUUGUUGAGACUUAGUGGAACAACUCCUAAUGCCUCUCCUAUGUUGAGAUUAGGUGGCACAACUCCCAACGCGUCCCCUUCUUUAAGAAUAGCAGACAUAACUCCCAACACUUCCCCUUCGCUGAGAUUUGGAGGCACAACUCCAAAUGUUUCCCCUUUGAUGAGACUUGGAGGCAUAACUCCCAACGCAUCCCCUUCACUUCAACUUGGAGGCAAAACUCCCAAUGUUUCCCCUUCGCUAAGACUUAGAGGCACAACUCCAAACGCCUCUCCAUCGCUGAUACUUGGUGGCACAACUCCUAAUGCCUCUCCUUUGUUGAGAUUAGGUGGUACAACUCAGAAUGUUUUCCCCUUUUUGAGAAUAGCAGGCACAACUCCCAACACUUCCCCUUUGCUUCGACUUGUAGGCACAACUCCCAACCAUUCCCCUUCACUGAGACUUGAAGGUAUAACUCCCAACACUUCCCCUUCGCUAAGAUUAGGAGGCACAACUCCCAAUGUCUCCCCUGCUCUAAGAUUAAGAGGUACAACUCCUAACGUGUUCCCUUCGAUGAGAUUUGAAGGAACAACUCCCAAUGCCUCCCCUGCUCUAAGAUUAAGAGGCAUAACUCCCAGUGCAUCCCCUUCGAUGACACGAGGAGGGACAACUCCUAACGCUUCCCCGUCGCUAAGACUUGGAUGAACAACUCCUAAUGUUUCUUUGAGACUUAAAAUCAUAAUUCUCAAUGUUUCUCAUUCAUCAUAUAAUUAAUUAAUAUGAAUAAAACUGAUCAAUUUAUUUACCUUUGUUAAUAAUGUAAUCAGUUCCCAAAUGACAUUGCUUAAUCGUAUAAUUAUCAUA